CACAGAAUGACUGGUGAGAUCUGUAGGUUCCACAACAAGCCUGGUGGCUGUCGCCGCGGAAUUCAAUGCAAGUUUCGACACGUCGAUUCUCUGGCUCGGCAAACCAGUUUCCCUCCCGCGGCAGUGAUGUCCAUGGGCGAGACUCAAAUCGCCGACAACGGUACCUGGCAGGCCAGUGCGCAGAAUCCAGCGAAUGCGAAAGCACCCUCUGGAGUCUGCUCGUUCUACUGGACCAAAGGGGACUGUAGUCGUGGUUUUCAGUGUCGCUACAAGCAUAUUGCAAAAGAUGCCAAUCGCCGCGACUCUCAAGGGCAAGAUCUCCAGCCCUCGACAACUGCGAUGCAAGCAAUCGCGCCCUUCCUGACGAAAGAAGGUCUAGCACGGUUGGCCGAUCGUGGCACGGACGGAUUCUUCGCAGUAGAUACAUCGAAGCCCUUGAGCCCCUCGGAGGUCCAUAACUACCUCAAGAGAUUUCUCUUCGACAGUUACCGCUUCAAGAACGUCGUAGAGAUAUACUCGUUUUUGAACCUCAUAAGCAACGCUACCGCAAAUAAUGUCAAAUGGACCCCUGAGGAUGGCCAGCUUCUGUUAUCGACGCUGAGCAGUGGAAACGCUCUCUUGCGUAUUAAUGAUAUUAUCCGUUGGAGCGACGUGUCUGUCUCUGCAGGUUCUCAGAAGACAGUCUUGUCUUUCCAGAGAGGAUAUUUACCUCUGCUUCGGUAUUUUUCCUCUGAAUUCGUUGUGAACAGUGUGGCGACCCAUUCCGUCAACGCUCUGUAUGCCCUCAUCUUGGAGGAUUUUGACCAUUUCACUCAGGCCGUAGAGAGCUGCAUGGAGCAAGCAGUCAUGACUGCCAAGUCCUUUAAGGAUCCUAUCGCACCAGCUGGUGCUGCUAAGGAUCCCACCGGAAGCCAGGUUAUUGCGACCAUCACCAAAGUAUUGUUCGAGUUCAUCACGAGAUUUAAGAACGCUACUGCGACGCAUCCAUCCGUGUAUCCUCUGGUCUUGAACCUGAGGAAGUGGACCGAUGCUUGGAUCUCAGGCAUCUCGUCGACGCCUCCAGCGUUCAAUGACGUAUUCGCGACAACGACUCCUCAAGCAAGAGAACAUAUCAUCCAGCACCUGAAUAAUCAAGUGAACCGGCUGGUUGCCAUAGUUGACCGUAAGCACAACGAAACACAGCGCGCACAGAAGCGUGUAAGGGAGGUUCCGGUAAAUCUGCAACCUGGAACGGAUGAGGCAAUCCUAGCUGCCUUAGAGAAUUCGUACGAGGGGCCAGGGGAAUUGCGACCCAAUGGACCACGUCACGAUAACGACUUCGUCAAUACCUCGGAUAUUCGGAUUGCACCGACGCAUGACGAGCUGACAUGUAGGAUUCCUCCUUUCCUUCCUGCGAAUAUUUAUGGUGCGCCCCACCCACUUCCGGCAGAGAGCAUGGAGAAGUUACUUGACAUUCAAUUCCGGUUGUUGCGCGAAGAAUUGACCGCUCCGUUACGCUUGUCUAUCCAAUUGUUACUUGACGACCUCCUGGCAACAAGGACAUCAACUCGACUCGCGGAGUUAUUGAAGGCUCGAGGUGGUAAAUACCGUGGCCACGCUGAGGGACAGGAAGCGGUGCUCUUCAACGUUUAUACCAAUGUGGGGUUCUUGCCAAUUCAGCCGGAUCAUCGCGGUCUCUCCGUGGGACUGUCACUCGACACUCCUCCGGGACGUGCGCGUUCUCCUCAGUCAAAUGUCCGGAUGACAUUUUGGGAGAACAUGGCGAGUAAGCGACUGAUGCAAGGCGGACUUAUCGCUCUGGUCUGGCAACGACCGGGAGAUCAGGUCGCUGUACAUCUAGGGACUAUCGCUAGCUCCACGAAGGAGCUCGUCGAAUCUGUAAGGCAGGUCGGAGAUCGUGUCCGCCUUCGCGUGGCGUUUUUCGACCCCGAGGUUGAGCUUCGUAUCCUUCAAGAGUUGAAGCAUCCAGAACGAGAGCGUGUCGGCACGAGGGUCUUGGUAGAAGCUACGGUCAUGUACGAGUCCAUUCGUCCAUUCCUGGAGGCGCUCAGGGUAGAACCAGAGCUGGUCCCGUUCAGCCAGUACCUCGUUCAUCGCCCACCCGGGUUCCUAAAAAUUGCAGAUAUCGCACCUCCCGCAUAUGCCCGGAUACCGGACUACACAUUCCAGCUGUCGUCUCUGUUUCCAGCCGAGGCAGAGGUCCAGGACCUGAAGCUAUCCGUGACUGAUCCGGCUUCAAUCAGUGCUGCUCGUGAAUUGCUCAGAACCUCAAGCCGUUUGGAUUCGAGUCAGGCGGAUGCUGUUGUAGAGGCGUUGACCAGAGAACUGGUAUUGAUACAGGGCCCCCCUGGAACCGGCAAGAGUUAUACAGGGGUGGAACUUUUGCGUGUCCUGCUCGCCAAUAAAGCAGGUCCGAUUUUGAUGAUCGCCUUCACAAACCAUGCACUGGACCACAUGCUCGGGUCUGUGCUUGAUGCGAAGAUCACCACGAAAAUUGUUCGUCUAGGCUCGCGCUCCGCCGACGAGCGGAUAUCCCAGUAUUCCAUAGAGAAUAUGGAGCAUGUCGCAGGCAAGAAUCGUCUCGAUCGAGCCUUUGCGGGUAAUCAUAGAGCCCUUCGUGACGUGGAAGAGGAAAUCAAGAAGUUGAUGCAUGAAUUUGCGAAGACGCGCAUAGAAUCUCCCGAGAUCUUGGAUCACUUGCGAAUGCAGUAUCCGCUGCACCUUGAUUCCCUCACAAAUCCGCCUGAAUGGGUCAAUGUCCUGUAUACGCUAUCGCAGGAUGAUAGUGGAGAAUCAUGGCGUGUCGUCGGCAAGAACGGGCGUGGCGUCGAGACAGACGACUCUUUGUACACAUAUUGGAGAGAAGGCCGAGACCUCGACUUCAUCGAUUCAGCGAACAAUCCGAAGGCGUCUACUGCUGAACGACAUCCGUCUGGUUCUAUGGAGCCCUCUCGUUCACGUUCGGGUCCGAACAACAAUGUGUUCGCUGCACUGGCAAACGCGGACCCUCCGGAGGAUGAAGAGAUUGUAGAUGAUGCUGUUUCCCUCGAUUCCGACGAGUUAAGCGACUCUGAUCUGGAAGAGUUCCCCCCGGAAGAAGAAUGGAUUCAUCUAGUGGAAGAGGCGGAAACCCCUGAUCGUGACUCGGACGGUGCCCUCGAAUUACCUGCCACCGACAGCGCUCUCGGUAGUGCGGAACCAUUGCCGACAGAUGGCAUCCAAACUGAUGAUUUUGAGAAUGUGCAUGACUUCCUUGCCGCGUUCAACUAUGUUGCUCCUCAGACUUCCGGCACAGACAGAGACAUUGCAGCAUUGCUCGAAGACGGUUCCGAUGAUGUCUGGGCAAUGACACGAUCUGAGCGAGAACGUCUACAUGCCCACUGGCUGGCUGACGUCCGCAGCACUCUGCAGGAGACCAGAAUGAUGGAGUUUGAGCGGCUUCGAGAACGCCACGCCAGUGCUUUACAGAAAUACACUGAGGGGAAAAAUGAAUCUCGACGGCAGUUGUUGAAGAAUGUCGACAUCGUCGGUUGUACCACAACUGGUGCGGCAAAGCUCACGUCUCUUCUGAAGGGAAUUGGUCCACGGAUCAUGCUGGUUGAAGAGGCUGGACAGGUUCUUGAGGCACAUGUCCUAGGCAGCCUUGUGCCUACAGUGGAGCAUCUCAUUUUGAUAGGUGACCCGCUACAAUUGCGACCCACGCUGAACAACUUCUCAUUAUCCAUGGAUAACAAGAGAGGACGCAUGUUGUUCAGAUUCGACAUGUCCCUCAUGGAACGUCUGUCUAAUUCUGAGCUACCUAUGUCGCAAAUCAAUGUCCAACGUCGGAUGAGACCGGAGAUUGCAGAUCUUGUCCGAAACUAUCUGUAUCCGCGACUUGAGGAUCAUGACCUUGUAAAGCACUACCCACCCGUGCGGGGAAUGGCAAAGGAUGUAUUCUUCCUCAGUCAUAAACACAGAGAGAACGGCUCUGAAGACGAUUCAGUCAGCAAGUACAACAUGUUUGAGGUAAAUAUGAUCAAGGACCUAGUCUUAUACCUGCUGCGGCAAGGGACCUACUCCGCUGAGGGCGAUAUCGUUGUACUGUGUGCAUAUUUAGGUCAGCUUGCUCGAAUGCGUGACGCGCUAGCCAGCGAAGUCGCUGUUGUCAUCGAUGCGCGUGAUCAAGCGGAGUUGGACGAGAGGGAAGUGGACGGAGACGUGGAAGCGACAUCUGGCACUGUGAUAGAGCGUGUGAAAGUCUCUCGAAGGGUCCGUUUGCGCACGGUGGAUAACUAUCAAGGCGAAGAGGCCAAGAUUGUGAUACUUUCUCUCGUGCGCAAUUCAGGCGGGUCUGAAGACGAUGAAACUGUCUACGGGCAUGCCUCACUUCAGAGGACCAAUAUCGGAUUCCUUAAGUCCCGAAAUCGUACAAAUGUGGCUCUCUCGCGCGCACGGGAGGGGUUAUAUAUCUUAGGAAACGCGCCGGACCUCAGUUCGAAAGGCGACAUGUGGCGUUCUGUGAUUUCUGACUUGGAACGGAGCGGCUCUGUCGGAGACGCAUUCCCAGUUCGAUGCCAUCGUCACCCCGAUCAUACUGACUACAUCUCGAAACCGGGGCAGUUACCCAGAAUUGCACCCGACGGUGGCUGCUUGCGUCAGUGUGACACACGCUUGCAAUGCGGACAUUUAUGUCCCUACAAGUGCCACUCAGACGACCCGAAUCAUCUUGCAGUGGAAUGUGUCCAACGCUGUAUGCGACUCUGCGUGAGGGGCCAUCCUUGCACCAAGCAGUGUGCAGACCCUUGUGGAAGAUGCAUGACUCGCGUGGAAAAUGUGACCUUGCCUUGUGGCCACGUUACUCCUUACGUGCUCUGUUACCAACUGGAUGAGCUGAGCGACGUACCAUGCAACGUUAACGUUACUCGGCGCCUCACUCACUGCGAGCAUGAAGCUGCAAUGAGGUGCUCCGACGAUCCUGCGCGGUUCGUAUGUAAGGCAGUUUGCGGUGGUACAAUGCCGUGCUGUGGACGUCCUUGCAAGGCGCGAUGUCAUCAAUGCCAAGGAUUAAACCGAGUCGAGGAUGAGGAUGAGAGCGUCGGCAUCGUAGCUCGGCUGCAGCACACUUCACAUCCUUGCGAAAGGCAACUCUACUGUGGUCACUUGUGCGGCAAAGCCUGUACUCAGGAUCACGAAUGCACGACGCUCUGCAAAGAGCCGUGUCGCCAAGUUUGUCGGCAUGCUCGAUGCAGGAACUACUGCUCGGCGCCUUGUGCGCCUUGUCAGGAGCCAUGCACUUGGCAAUGCGAACAUUACUCUUGUCCUGUCCCGUGUGGAUCAGUGUGCGCACGUCUUCCGUGUGAUAAGCGGUGUAAGACAAUCUUGCAAUGCGGGCACAGGUGUCCUUCAGUGUGCGGCGAAGAAUGCUUUAUCCAAGUGUGUCCGAUCUGUGCAGUGGACGAAGUCCGCUCCAGUGUUGUGGAUCUCAUUAUGCAGCGCACUCUAGCGGAUGUGGAGCCAGAGAAUGAGACGCUAGAUGACCUCCUCAUCACAAUUCCUGCGUGCGGUCACGUCUUCACCGUGGAGACCCUGGAUGGACACUGUGGCAUGAGCGAAUACUACAGACGAGAAGGAAUCGAUGGAAAAUGGUUAGGCCUGCAAGCCCCUCCAAUUGGGUUCCAGAAACCACCGACUUGCCCCACCUGCCGUGCAGCCUUAACCGCUCCUCGCUAUGGUCGAGUCUUCAAGCGAGCUGACCUCGAUAUUCUGGAAAACAAUGUGGCCUCAUCUAUGUCCCGUUCGCUUGGAAGAAUUCAGGCGGAUGUACAAUCCAUCGCGAAGGGAGAACUGGAGACACGUUUGCCCGUGGCUGCGGAGAAGAUUCUCCCGGGGCGAAUGAACGUUCAAGUGAAGGCCAUCCUCAAGAAGCAACGGUCGUUAUUAAGAGCCACACGGGAUUCACCGAUUCCUCGCCGAGCUCUCGAUCCUGCAGACGGAGAACUGCACGGUAUUCCUAUCUCAGAUGCGAAAGAGUGGAAGAAGAUCACUUUUAAAAUCCUUGCAGCUUAUGGCGAUGCUGUCAAAGUAGCUGAAACGCGUUCAGCUCAUGUUCGUGCUUGGCAGGCUUCUUUCGCGUAUCUCUUCCAAAACGAGAUGGAUCGCGCAGCAUCAGAACCUGAGCGGGCACCAAAGAAUCCACAGGAGUAUGCAAUGCGUGUCGCAAGAAUGGGUGUAGGACAACCGCAACCUAGAGCUGAUAAGCGUUUCGUGGUCGAGGCAAUCUGGGUGACAAUCAACCUACGGCUGAUGCUCAGCGAUCUCGGUGCUGUUUGGAUGGAGGGAUUGCACAAACGGGAAUCGUAUCCUGCUCGCAAUCGUCGCGCGUGGGGUGCAUAUGUCUUGUUCAUUCUGCGUUCCUGUGCGGCAGAUGCGCAGAUUGCCUUGGGCAUCGCGGAGGAAUCAGGCAGCCGCCGUCAAAAGACCAGAACUGCACUAUUGCUCAUGCGAGUGAGCUUGGAGCGAUUCCGUUUCAAUAUCUUGAUGGCGCGGCAAGACAGGAGAUACCAAGAGGAGCGCACGAAGUUACAAGAUGCUGCGGCAAAUAAUUUCAAAGAGGCGUCCGACUACGUCGAAACCGUUAUGGAGGAGCACCGUCGUGCUAGAGGUGAUGCGGCAGAAUCUGAGGAGAUUUGGCUUGCAGAGAACUUCUCGCAAGCAGCUAUGGCCAUCAUCGACGAGUGGCGCGCGAUCGAGAAGUCUAUCAGAGAAGAGACAUUCUAUUCGCCGGUUUCAUUAGACGAGCUGACUGCAGUUGCUCAAAGCUUCAGCUUCGGCAGUUCUGCAUGGGGGCACGCAGGGCACUUCUACAAAUGCCCGAACGGACAUCUCUACGUGAUCACAGAGUGUGGAGGCGCCAUGCAGGAAGCAUCAUGCCCGGAGUGCGGAGAGAGGAUUGGCGGUGGCUCCCAUCGACUGAUAUCCACGAACUCUCGCGCAGCAGACGUCGAGGCAUUGGCAGGAGCGGGUCCUUCUCCUUGGCAAUAGAGGUAUGAUAAUGGCGUAGAGUGACGUUCUAGUGAACGAUAUAGUGCAUAAGCUCUCGAAUGUGUCUGAAGAUCUACGUGUGUUGGUAUCGGUGAUGUUUAUAGAGACCUUUCGAUCGAAUAAAAUUAUGGCUAGC